AUGCCCCCCCAAAGUCCCCCCACCAUUCGACUCACCCUCCACUUGAGUGGACCUCCUUUGAAGACUAGCGUCGAGAGUUCGAUCGCGGACACUUUCCCGGAAAAUGCGCCGGGAGGUGCCGCUAACCUUCAGCUUGACGAGGGGACCGGGGAGGUGGUAUCCAAGAGUGAAUUGAAGAAAGGCCUUCAGAAACGAGCAAAGAAGGUCACGUCCGCUGGCAAACGUGCGAAGCAAACGGUAGAACUAGCGUCCACCCUGGUUGUCAAUGGUGCUAAACCCGGUAUUAGUGGAAAGCUGCCGAUCGGUCAGGCCAAGCUGGAGGGUAUCGACCCAGAUGCUAUGUUCAAGAAGGGUUUUCUCGCCGACAUCUACAAAGAGAGAUUCGAUGACACAAACCCUUCCGCCGAGGACGAGGAAUACUUCCUCUCUAUAGAGGAGGCAAUCCGAUGGUUGGGUUUUAAGCCCGAUGCCAUCACGUAUUCAAGCGAUAACUUCCAGAAGUUGUACGACAUGGCCGAAAAGCUGAUCAAGCUUCGGAAAGCAUACGUGUGCCACUGCCCGGCCGCGGAAACAAAGCGCCAGCGGGGUGUUGAGAAUGGCAAAGAGGGACCGCGGUAUCGCUGUGAGCAUGCGGAACAGGAGCCCGAGACCAACUUGAGGAAAUUCCGCGACAUGCGCGACGGGAAAUACGCACCUCGGACCGCCUUCCUGCGCAUGAAGCAGGACAUCACCAGCGGCAAUCCCCAGAGGUGGGAUCUCCCUGCCUACCGCAUACCCGAGGAGCCAUAUUUUGGGGGGAUUACGCAUAGCCUCUGCACAACGGAGCUUAUCCUUUCCCGGGAAAGUUAUGGAUGGCUCAAUCAUUCGCUCGGCGUGUACGAGCCUAUGCAGCGCGAGCAUGGACGUCUAAAUAUUGCUGGGGCUGUCAUGAAUCCUAUUCCUGUCGUACUUGAAGACUGGGAGACUCUGGGAAUCAAAGAGCUGGAUGUUCCAUUCCUGCCUAAGGAUCCGUUCAUAGGCAGCCACAGGCUGUCUAUCACGAAGGCAAUUUACAUUGAUCGUUCAGACUUCCGAGAAGUUGCAAGCAAGGAUUACUUUAGACUUGCGCCCGGCGCAGUGAUCGGCCUAUUCCAAGUCCCGCGCCCUAUUCUAGCGACUUCCUUCUCUAAGGACCCUGAGUCUGGACCCAUCACGGAGAUUCGGGCUUCGUUCGGCAAGACCAAGAAGAAACCCAAAGCUUUUAUUCAAUGGGUCCCUACCGGAUCGCGUGUGAUUAACGUUCGGAUCCAUGACCGGCUCUUCAACUCGGAUAACCCCAAAGCCGCCGAGGGCGGCGUUAUGGGGGAUGGGAUAUCAACCCUGAUAGCCUGA